AUGCUUAUUCCAUCAGAGCAAGUUGAUUACAAUGCUUGGUUACUAGAAGGUCUUUCAAGCAGUAAUUCUAAUCUUCCUACAAAUAGAGUUGAAAUCCCAUUUUAUUUGCUUGAAAAUGAUUCAUUAAUAAAAUGUGUGUAUGGUAAUACUAUCAAAAUUGCUAAUAUUGAUAAUCUUUCUACUAAAAUAAUAUUAACCAGCAAAAAUAAAAUUGCACUUACCCUCAACAACGAUAUCAUUAAUAUAAUUUCAGGCCCUAUCAAACAUUAUUAUAGUGCUGAUUCCAUUGAAAGCGAUAAUAAGGAUGGUUUAAUGAAUUUUCCAAUAGAAUUUUUUCAUUCACAAACUCCAUCCGGUAUGCCACCUCACAAGCUAACACUUAAGGUUGGUGCAAUACUUAUGCUUUUACGCAACUUGAGCCCAAACAAAGGGCUUUGUAAUGGUACUAGCUUAAUCAUACGACAUUUACAUAUUAAUUUUAUCGAUGCUGAGGUAUUGACAGGCACUAAUAAAGGUUCUCGAGUUUUUCUCCCACGGAUAGAUCUAACUCCAAGUGACUCUCAGUUGCCAUUUACUUUAAAAGACGCCAGUUUCCUAUAA